AUCGGGGAUCGUGUCAUUUUUCCAACCACUGGAAACAAAAAUUCAGCUACUCAGAUAAUAUUGGUAACACGCGAAGCAGGGGCUCUUGAACCUCGCGUUCGUCGCGAGCGUUGAAGGUGAGAUAUCGCAUGGACGAUAAUUAUCGAUAGCUGACUGUACCUUAGCGCUCUGGCCCUCACGGUCAUUGCUACCAAGCGAUGGGGAUUAGGUGCUUAAUUCCGCCUUCUUGAAGGAGGGUGAGAAUAGAAAAGAACAAAAAACACACACACGAACGAGCACCGGACACUUGCUUUACGAUGCGGCCGAUUUAAUGCAAUACAUGAUCUCCGUACGGAGGAGGCCUGCCUGUAUGCGAUGGAAGAAAUUUGCAGGGACAAACCGCUACGCAACCGCUUAUAAUAUUUAUCAGCGUGCUUGCAAACGAUAUCAAGCUCAAUUUUCCAAUGAAACAAAUGAAUCCCAGCGCCGUACGCCGGGGGGGGAGGAUAAAAUGUGCCCAUACUUCUUGCCUAGUCAACCUCUCGCUGACACCGAUCUCGCUGCAAAUGCCUAGCCAAAGGCAGUGCUGAGGCGCACUGUUGACGGCGCGCAAUCCGCAGCAAGAUCACGUUCGUUGAUUGUCUUUACAAUUGAGCAAAAAUAAACAAAACAAAAAAUUAACGACUACCGUUCCACUGCAUUCGCAGCACGGAAAUGGCACGAUGAAGGAACUCGGGUUUUUGCUCGCCUCGAACUCCUCGAGAUCUGCUGCCAGCACCACACACACGGGGCCCCCAGGAUUCCAUGCGGGCUUCUGCCAAGAAGCACAUUAUCUCUUGGACAACAAAAGAAAGAAUGAAAAACUCUGGCAAAUACUUAACGUAUUGUGAAGUACACACGGACAUUCGUUUAUGAGGUUUCUUCGUGUCAUGACUGACGCCAGUGACUUUGUUGGUGCGUUGAAGUUGGAGAAGAGAAUCGCACCUUUAUCCAGCAGCAGCGACUUGUUUUGUUACAUAAAUGAUUAUUUCGGUAUCAACCAAAACCCGUCCCCUGGUGGCUGGUGUGUUGUGGCAGUUGUGAAAAAUUGACCAAUUAAAAAAGCAUAUUCGUGUACCAUCUCUGUACCAGGGCAUCGGAGGGAAAAAAAGAUAAGAGAUAAGACGGAGCAAAAACGGCCUGCUGGCCACCGUCAAACCAGUCCCGAUGGAUUGGAUGGAAGAUGAAGCGAAAGAGUUUGAAGAGAUUGUAGGUGAUGAUGGAAGAAGGCGAUGGUGAGAGCAGAACAAAACAAAAAACCACCCGCCAUUGCCGCGUAAUCGUUCAGUACGGUUCCGUGCGAGCUGCUGAUUAACGCUGUGUCGUCUCUGGGGCGCGUACGUACAGUAUUGAUCCCGAGAUUUUCCAUCCACAGCGCGAGAAGGACUCGCCUCUCGGCUUCUGGGGUGGUUGUGUGUGCGUUUUAAGUGGGGGCCCACGAACGGCUGGGCAAGAGGGCGGUGAUUGGUCGCGGAGGGAAGAAGUUCUGGUCGGGUGCCAAUAGUGGUAAUCGCGCCCGUUGAUGUGUCGCGCACAUAAUCAGUGGCUGUGAACAACACCGUGUACCCGUGUACGAACACUAGCGAGAUAACGAACGCGACGACGACGACGACGACCAUUACGGUGCGCGUAUGUGCCUGCCCCGGUUUGCGCCCAGCAGUGUCUACGAUUGCCACAGACUACGAUCGUUCGCGCUCUUAAUCGUUGUCCGUAGUUCCGUGCGGCAUGAUGAUGCAGUUUUUGCCUCUUACAGAAUGUGUACCACUGCUCGCAAGCCAAUAUGCUUCUACCAAGAUGUCUAACACCGGAAUAGAAUACAGCGAGCUGAACGACCGAACGAAAGGAAGCCACGACAGUCCGAGCCAUACGUCUGAUACGGCGUAUGAAUCAUGCCUGAGUCCGCUGCAACCGAACGAUAGCAGCAGCUUCAAUGCAAUCAAUGUGUGCGCAAUCUGCUGUGAUCGUGCCACGGGCAAACACUACGGAGCGGCUUCUUGCGAUGGAUGUAAGGGAUUCUUUCGUCGAAGCGUUAGGAAGAACCAUACCUACUCCUGCAGAUUCUCACGCAACUGCGUGGUGGACAAAGACAAACGCAACCAGUGUCGGUACUGCAGGUUGAAGAAAUGCUUCAAGGCUGGAAUGAAAAAAGAAGCGGUCCAAAACGAGCGGGACCGUAUAAGCUGCCGCAAACCGAGCACGGAUGAUAAGAACACCAUCAACGGGCUGUCGGUGAAGUUUCUACUGCGGGCAGAAAACUUCAGCCGCCACUUUGGGGCCGCCCUGGACGAAACGAACGAUGCGGAGGAAGCGGACCUAUCGUCGAAGCGUUUCGCCAGCAUCAACGAUGUGUGUGAUUCGAUGAAGCAGCAGCUGCUGAUACUGGUCGAGUGGGCCAAAUCAAUACCGGCCUUUGCCGAGCUGCAGCUAGACGAUCAGGUAGCACUGCUGCGGGCACACGCCGGUGAACAUCUGCUGCUCGGGCUAUCGCGCCGUUCGAUGCAUCUGCAGGACAUGCUGCUGCUCGGGAACAAUUGCAUCAUCACGAAGCAGUGCCCGGACGCGAACAUGUCCCCGAACCUGGACAUUUCCCGCAUUGGGGCACGCAUCAUCGACGAGCUAGUGAGUGCCAUGAAAGAGAUUCAAAUCGACGACUCAGAGCUGGCGUGCAUAAAGGCGCUAGUGUUUUUCGAUCCAAGUGCAAAAGGACUGAACGAACCCGCCAAGAUAAAAUCGCUCAGGCAUCAGGUUCUAAAUAAUCUCGAAGAUUACAUAUCAGACAAGCUGUAUGAUUCGAGGGGUAGAUUUGGAGAGAUCCUGCUACUAUUACCAGUGCUGCAGUCGAUCACGUGGCAGAUGAUUCAACAGAUAGAGCUUGCCAAAAUGUUCGGUGUGGCGCAUAUCGAUAGCCUGCUGCAGGAAAUGUUGCUCGGAGGAGAUGCGAUAGAUACCUCAUCGACCAUCACCUCACCAAUGAACAUGAUGAACACCAACAACAGCCCAUCCGAUUCGUGCGAUACGACGCAUCUCGCGUCCACCAUCGAAACGGCUGACCCUCUAGUACAAAUGUCGUCACUGAACGGACCGGGAUACGGUGGCGAUUCCGACAGUUUGCUUAUAUCCCCCAUGGACACGGUAACCGGUGGAAACGGUUACUGUGCGUCUCGCAAAGCACCAGGUCAAACAACGCCCGAUCCGCUAAACGGACAGCAGCACGGUGCUGGACCCAGAAAUGGCGGUGUCCCGGCUGACGUUGGGUACAUGCAGCCCCAUCACCAGGGGCAGCCAACACAGCAGCAGCAGCAACGUCAUGUGGCGGGCAACUCGACCGAUUCGUCGGUGACGGUAGCGGACAUCUACUUCCACGCGCCAACAAGCGUUGGACCACCGUCGCUGCAGCUCGACAGUGACGUUGCCAUGUACAACAAUAACAAUCUGGGCUGCUGCCAGGGCGAGAUGACCCAUUCCGGCCACAAGGGCUGCGAGAUGGUGAAGAUCGAAACCAAGCGUGAACCGGAAAAUGCCUAAAGCCAAACCCCUUCUUGCCCGGCUGCCAGCUAGCCCUAGCAGUAGCUCAACAGCCUCAGACCAUUUAAAGCGAUAAGUGUGCGUGUGCGCGGCAUGCAUGCAGUGAAUCGAUGUGCAAUGUUAGAUAGGUACAGCGAGAAAAGCAGAGCAAGAGCAGUGAGAACGCGCAUUGAACCUAGCUUGAUAUUUACGGUGCAGGUUUGGUGCCCGAUUUGUAGUUGGUUUUCGUUACUUUGUUUUUACCAUUACGUUUCUUCUUUUGUUACGCGUUAGGAUUUGUUUUUCUCCUUUUUUUUGUUUGUUUGUUGGAUGUCUUCUCUUGCUAACAGUUCUUCGGUUGUGGGAAACAAAAAGGUGAAGUGAAAUUAAGGUUCACGAUCUGCGGCGGCGGCGGCGAUGAAUGUGUCGGUGGUGGUUUUUUACUCUCACGGCACCCUUCAACCCUUCGGUGCCCGUUGCGCCCCGUGACUAGUAUAUAGUUGAUAGGCGUUUGAAUUAUCGUUUCGGUUUUUUUUUUCGUUUCUAAACGGCAGGAGUAGGAACAAACUGUUACAAUUGUAAGCAUAAUGAUGCUAGGCGUUUAGAGGUAGUCAAAUAUCAAAGUCAAACUCAUUCUGUGAGGUAGGUUUUUGUUUGUACAUAUAUUAUACAUCAUGGUGGUGUGUAUUCGGGAGGUGAUUGUUAUACUCUUUGCGGUAGUUUAGGUGUUUAGGGAUACAAGCCCCCCCCCCCCCCCAGGACCCUCCCCCAAGACUUCCCAUUUUCCCCCCACACUCACACAUUUCCCUGUGACGUAAAGGAAACUUCUAUAGACUUGUUUUUUUUUCAUAUCUGUUUUUCUGGGACGAAAAGUGCAAAUAAAACGACUGUUACUUUCUGUUUCCAUU